AACAAUCCAGCGUAUUAGAUGUUGAUGUCAAACAAAGCAAGAUAAUGUGGAACAAUUACUAUAGAGGAGGCAGCAAUGGUGGAUACAUCGGACAUUAUUACAACACUAUAUACGCCAUGGAUGUUAGUAGCGGGUAUCCAUAUCCUCGCCAAAUGGUGUUGGGAGGGAUUGGGACCAAUGGAAUAACUGGCUUCUCAUACGACUGGGUCACUCAGAAAAUAUAUUUCCUGAACAAGUUUACCAGCGAGACUUACAUAGAAGUUAUAACUAGCGAUCGAAGAUAUAGAUUGGUUUUGCUGAAGGUGGUGGACGAUCAACCCAUAGCCAUCACUGUUAACCCCAUCAAAAGGUUGUUGUAUUGGGCUGACUAUGGACAAAACCCUAAGAUUGAAUCUGCGUAUCUUGAUGGGAGCAAUCGUACAACACUUGCAACAUCAGGUGUUGUACAACCACGUAGUAUCGUGGUGGAUUAUACGAACCAUGAUGUGUAUUGGUGCGAUGCUAAGUCAUCCACUAUUGAAAAGAUGACAUGGGAUGGUAGUGUCAGAACAACUAUUAGAUCAGGGCGUAAUUAUCCGUCGCCUGAAGGGGUAGCUUUGUUCAAUGGUUUCGUUUAUUGGGUGGAUUCCACUUGGAAAGCUUUGUUCCGAGCCAGCAAAGACCCCACCAACCAAGAUGACCCCGAGAAAUUACGCGAUGGUUUGGAUAACUUACAAGAUGUUGCGAUAUACGAUUCAUCCAUGCAACCUGACGCAUCUGCUGACCACCCGUGCCUCACCAACAAUGGUGGUUGUUCACAACUCUGCUUUGCCAUGCCUGGUGCCAGCAGGGUGUGUAAGUGUGCGUUUGGUAAACUAGGUGAAGAUGGAACAUCAUGCGAUGAUACUGAGGACUACAUAAUCUACACGACCCAACGUGACAUAUCUUCCUUUCAUAUCGACCCCGAUGACCACGCGCAAAUAUUCCGAACCGUCACCGCCUCUUACCCGAUAGCUGCCACAUAUGAUUUACAAGAACAAAGAGGUUACUUCUCAACUAUGCAAGGUAGUCGUUCACGCAUCGGAUACUUCCAACUUGAUCAAGAUCCAAACUACCCAAGAUAUAUCGUGACAUCUGGAUUAAGAGCCCCUGAAGGUUUGGACUUUGAUUGGAUACAUCGUCGACUUUACUUCACGGACAACGGGUUGAAGAUCAUCGGCUCCACUUCACCGGACGGCACUAACACAAGUACCGUGGUAUCGGGGUUGUCACUGCCACGUGGCAUCGUCGUGGAUCCGUGUAGAGGUUAUUUAUACUGGAGUGACUGGGGAACGCACACUAUAGAAAGGUCAUCGUUGGUUGGUAACGGACGUACCGUUAUUAUUGGUGAUGAUUUAUUGUGGCCUAAUGGAAUUGCCAUUGAUUAUGGUGAAGACAAGUUGUAUUGGGCGGACGCUCAACCAAGCAAGGAACGCGUGGAACGGAGCAACAUGGACGGUACGGAUCGUGAACUUCUCAUACAAGGGUUGGACCAUCCGUUUGCAUUAGCUGUGUUGGAUCAGUUCAUUUAUUGGACGGAUUGGAGCACUAGGGGGGUGUACAGAGUUGAGAAGCAGACGGGGGGUUACGUGACGAAGAUGCGGACACAAUUACCAUCAACACCCAUGGACGUCGUUGCUUUCUCCACGCGAGGGCAGGGUGAAUGUAAAGGUUACAACCCAUGCAACAGAUUAAACGGAGGUUGUAGCCAUAUUUGCACCGUUGGCCCCGAGAACACGGCCGAAUGUAGUUGCCCGACCGGGGACGGGAAGAAAUAUUAUCUUGCGAAUAAUAACAAGGAUUGCAUUGUGGAUACUGGUCAAGAUCGAUGCAACACAAACCAAUAUACGUGUUCGAAUGGUAUUUGUCGUCCCAUUAGUUGGUUGUGCGAUGGUUAUUCUGAUUGUAGCGAUGGAGAGGAUGAAUCGGAGAGGUCGUGUGCGGACAACACUUGCGAGUCCCAUCGACACCGGUGUCCCAACGGACGUUGCAUCCCGAUAUCGUUCGUUUGUGACUUUGACGAUGACUGUGGUGAUGGCUCAGAUGAACAAGGGUGUCCUGUCCCAACUUGUUCAAGCGAUGAAUUCACUUGUUUAUAUGGUCGUUGUUUAUCUAUGAGCCAAGUAUGCAAUGGGUACGAUAACUGUAAGGACGGGGUGGUCUCGGAUGAAGUGGGAUGCGAACAUACAACGUGCAGACCUGGUUAUCAUAAAUGCACGAAUACCAAUGUAUGUAUAUGGGGUGGGUGGGUUUGCGAUGGAGAUAAUGAUUGCGGGGACAACUCAGACGAAGCUCCCGUGUUUUGUGAUGGUAAAACUUGUCGAUCAAACCAAUUUCAAUGUGACAAUGUCUACCAGUGCGUGUCCUUAAGUUGGUAUUGUGACGGAUAUAACGAUUGUGACGAUGGCUCAGAUGAACCAAGCGAUUGCGAUCAUCCUGAUCGAACGUGUCCUGCCGGUUCCUUUACGUGCGAUAACGGGAGGUGUAUCGAUCUCGAUUGGAUCUGCAACGGGAACAACGAUUGCAGCGAUAACUCCGAUGAAGACGACCGACACGACUGCGAUAGUCGGACCUGUCAAUCAAAUGAAUUCACGUGUGCGGCAAAUCCACCAGGACAUAGCAGAUGUAUUUCAAACUUGUUCGUUUGCGAUGGUGAUCCUGAUUGUGAAGACGGCGCGGACGAACUUUUACCGUCUUGCCCCAAACCAACUUGUAACAGCAAUCAAUUCAACUGUAGUAACGGAUUGUGUAUUCCUAAAUAUUUUGUUUGCGACCAUGACAACGAUUGUGGCGAUUAUAGCGACGAACACACCGAUUGUGUCUACCAAACAUGUCGUGCGUACCAGUUUACGUGCGAGAACGGGAAGUGUAUUUCAACAUGGUGGAGAUGUGACGGCAGAGAUGACUGCGGCGAUGGUUCAGAUGAAGAUGGUUGCCCCACCGGCCCCCCAACCUGCCCCCCCGAUCAGUUCCGGUGCAAGAAUGGUCAAUGUAUUGAUGGCGGGUUAGUUUGUGAUCGCAACCCUGAUUGUACGGAUAGAAGCGAUGAAGAGAGGUGUGGACUGAACGAAUGCGCAACCAUUGCAUCGAACCAAUGCGCUCAACUAUGUGUGGAUACGCCUACAAGUUACUAUUGUGAUUGUAACAAAGGGUACCGUCUCCUACCCGAUGGCAAAGCAUGUGAGGAUAUGAAUGAAUGCAUUGAAACACCGUGGGUUUGUUCGCAAUUGUGCGAUAACACGGAGGGUUCAUAUUACUGCAAGUGCGGGGGCGGAUACUUACGCGAAGCUGACGGGAAAACUUGUCGACAAAACUCGGGGGUUGAUCCUUAUAUAAUGUUUAGUAACAGGUAUUACAUAAGGAAGAUAUCAACAGAUGGAAGGAACUACCAACUCGUAACAGGGGGAAUGGAUAGAGUCGUGGCGUUGGACUACCAUUACCAAGAUCAGAGAUUGUUCUGGACGGACGUUAUGGCUCAUGAGAUCGGUAGCAUUAGGUUCGACGGAAGCGAUCGCAAGGUGUUGUUUCAUCGUGAAGUUCCUGAUGGGGAGGGAUUGGCUGUGGAGUGGGUGACACGGAAGUUGUAUUGGUUAGACGGUUCAUUACAAGCAUUGUUCGUAUCGGAGCUGAACGGGACGAGCAAGCGAACUUUAAUGUCGGGUUGUAUCGAUGUUAACCGAACAUAUUGUUUCCACACACCUCGCGCAUUGGUGGUUCAUCCAAAGAGAAGUUUGUUAUUGUGGUCGGACGCCGGGGUCGUCCCUUACAUCGGCAAAGCUUACUUGAACGGGGGGGGACCAACCGCCGUAAUAACUACCGGUAUAAGUUUCCCGUCAGCGCUGACUGUAGAUUAUGUGACGGAACGUAUUUAUUGGGGAGAUUCUCACAUUGAUUCAAUACAGUUCUCGGACAUGGACGGGAACAAUCGACAUCGUUUAUAUUUACAAGGACAACAAUUUUACCCAAAACCUUACGCUUUAUCUUUCUUUGAAAGUUAUAUUUAUUGGACUGACUGGUCAACUUACUCUAUGUAUAAGGCCCAUGGAUUGGAUGGCUCAGACUUCCAACUUUUAGUCAACACGACGCAUCGACCGUAUGAUCUACACGUCGUGCAUCCGUACAGACAAGAUACACGAGUGUCGAACCCAUGCGCCACGAACAAUGGCGAUUGUUCUCACUUAUGUUUGUUAACAAUCAAUGGACAAAGGGAAUGCAAAUGCCCCGAUAAUUUUGAAUCUGUUGGAAUCGGAAUCAACAGUCACAAAUGUUUCCCCGCGUGUACUUCUGCACAAUACAGAUGCGACACCAGUGAGAAAUGUAUCCCGAUAUAUUGGAAAUGUGACGGCGUGAAUGAUUGCCCCGAUGGCAGCGACGAACCUGACACUUGUCCACCUCGAUAUUGCGAUGCGGGUUACUUCCAAUGCGUCGACUAUGGUUGCGUUAAACCUGAAUAUAUGUGCGAUGGUGACAACGAUUGUGAGGACGGGAGCGACGAGGUUAACUGUGAUGACUAUCCGUGUCUGGACAGCCAGUUCAAAUGCAACAAUGGUAAAUGUUUGAGCAACACAUGGCUGUGUAACGGUAUCGAUGAAUGUGGUGACGGUAGUGAUGAAGAGGAAGGAAUGUGCAGCGAACGUACUUGCCCCGUAGGGAACUUUCAAUGCGAUAACGGACGUUGCAUCCCGAGUAACUGGUGGUGUGAUGUGGACGAUGAUUGUGGAGACGGAUCAGAUGAACCAGCUGCUGUUUGUAACAGCGACCAACAUAGAUGUCGGCCGGAGAUUGACUUUGCUUGCCAUACAACGUACAGAUGCAUUCCUAUGUGGGCAGUUUGUAAUGGCAACGACGAUUGCUACGAUAAUUCGGACGAAGCUUUGUGUUCUGAAACCACAUGCAACCCUGUAAACGACUUCCGUUGCACCAACCAUCGUUGUAUACCCCUACGUUGGAAAUGUGAUGGUUGGAAUGAUUGUGGAGAUAAUUCUGAUGAACUUGGUUGCGUUCCACGAUCAUGCAGUGAAAGUGAAUUCAGAUGCGACAAUCAACAAUGCAUCCCUCAAUCAUGGGUUUGCAACCAGAACGACAACUGUGGCGAUGGGUCCGAUGAAAAAGGUUGCACGGCUUCCACUUGUUUACCAGGUUACUUUGAAUGCACAUCGGGACACUGCGUUCCAUCGUCCGUACAAUGCGAUGGAGAUCGCGAUUGCAUGGAUGCAAGCGACGAAGCAUCGUGUGUACCAAGGUUUCCAGGUGGAAGGUUUUGUCCAACAGCGAGGUUUCAAUGCGAUAAUCACGUUUGUAUAAACCCAAGUUUCCGAUGUGAUGGACAUAACGACUGUGGGGACGAAUCAGAUGAACUACCGAGUGUGUGCGAAUCGGUAAAUUGUACGGGUCGUUUCCGUUGUUUAAAAACACGAAUCUGUAUUUAUAAUAAUAAGAAAUGCGAUGGCAACGAUGAUUGUAAAGAUGGAAGUGAUGAAAGCGUUGAGAUGUGCCAUCCAACCACUGUUGCCCCUAUGUGCAAACCUGGUGAAUACAAAUGUUUCAACGGCAAAUGUGUUUCCAAGAAUGUGAUUUGUGAUUCAGUUGACGAUUGUGGAGAUGAGACAGAUGAAAGUGGUUGCCAUAAAGGCGACACGACCCACACCUGCAAUGACAGUCCAUGUGAACAGACGUGCACACCGAUACCAGCAUUGGACGGGGUGCCCGGGUAUUAUCUUUGUUCAUGCGAUGCAGGGUUUAAGAUAAACGACGACGAUCGAUCAUCGUGUCUUGAUGUAAACGAAUGUGUUGAAAAUUGGGCAACUUGUUCACAAAUAUGUCAGAACAUGAAAGGUUCUCGUCAAUGUUCGUGCGACGACGGAUACGUGCUCUCUGGUGACUCAGAGUGUUCAGCACAAGGGUUUUCGAUGUUAUUGAUCGCUGAUGAACAAGAUGUGGCAACAUAUGAUAUAGUGAACGAUAAAGAGGCCAAACUAAUACAAAGGCAACUACGUGUUGGUGCGCUCGAUUAUGCUUACUUGGGAGGGGAACAAAAUGUUCUUGUGUGGACGGACACUGCAUCUCAUACUGAUCUGGGGGUGGAUGGUUUAAAAGAACCCAAUGGCAUCGCAGUGGAUUGGGUGUCGGGGAAUAUUUACUGGACGGAUGAAACAGCUGGUACGAUAUCUGUUGCGACGUUAGAUGGUAGAUAUCGUAAAACAUUGAUCAACAAACUUGAUGCCCCUCGUGCUAUUGUGGUUAAUCCUAAAGCGGGAUAUUUAUUCUGGUCGAGUGUUGGUCUCUCUCCUGCCAUCUACAGGUCGCACAUGGACGGGGGGAACAUGAGGAAACUUGAGGAAGUUGUUGUUGGGUUCCCGUCGGGAUUAGCGGUGGAUUAUCAACAUGGGGGGCGGUUAUACAUAUCCGAUGAAGCGGAAGGAAUAAUAUCAUCAGUGUCGCAACAUGGACAUCAUAUGCAAGUUAUUGCCAGAGGUGUUGGGAGGCCGCUAAAUAUUGAAGUGUUUGAGAACUCUGUUUACUGGACCACAAGUGAUAUGUCACUUUAUUCGAUGAACAAGUUUGGUCAGGGUGCAAAGUCAUUGUUAAGGAAAGGGUUUCGAACGGCAAGCGAUAUCAAGGUUUAUCAUCCAAGCAGAUAUGAGAAAGUUCCCCCGCGUUGCAAGGAUAAGUCGUGCAGCCACCUUUGUUUAUUGAGCCCAAGCUCUUACACAUGCGCUUGUCCCGAUGGAACCUCUUUCUUCCCCGGCAACGCACGCGAUUGUGACGCAAGUUACGAACAACCCCUUCCCACCAUAGCUGUGUGUCAGUGCAUGAACGGUGCGUCGUGUACUUAUGAUGAGGACGAUAAACCUACUUGCAUUUGCGCUUCUGGGUUCUCGGGCGAUAAUUGCGAGACUGGUAGUCACGUGCCUGUGCCGCAACCACUAGGUGGAAGUGCCAUUACUGGGAUAAUAAUCGCCGUGGUGAUCGUCUUCAUUAUACUGGGAGUAGCCGGCUUCAUUUAUUUAAAAAGGAAAAAUUCGAGUGAUGGAAAGACAAAGUGUGGUUUGCCAACGAUACAACUCCCAUGUUUGAAAACAUCAGAAUCGGCGAUCGCAAGUUUUGACAAUCCGGUAACUUAUCAUAAAGAUGAAUCUGCGGCUGAAUCUGCGCCAACAUUUACUAAAUAUGUAAGCGAUGACAUUGCACCAUCUUACCCCAACCCUGGUUACAAUAAAGAGGAUUACUCUGGUACGACCUCUAGUGAUGAUACAGGCCUUGCGAGUAUGAGGGCAGGCUAUAACAAUCCAACUUACAAGGUCGGCUCGUCAGAUAAAGUGGAGUUGGUACCAAACAUGGGGGAUACAAUGGCUUAAACAACUUUUAUUUUACUUUUUCUUUUUGCCUUAAUUGUUUAUAAUUUGUGCUGUUUCUGCGUUGUCAGUUUUACCUAAACCAAGAGUUACAGCAAGUUUGAAAUGAAAUAAAAUCAUGCAUCUAA